AUGUUAAUCUAAAUAUUACUAAUACUUUUUGGGAUGCUGUUCUGUUUGUUUUUAAUCAAGCCUUUGAUUGCUAUGAUGAAAUUAAAAUUAUAAUUUGGGUCAGCUUGUAGAAUCUAGUUUGGAAUAUAUUAAAUUUUGGGAUUGCAUAGCUCAUCUUUCAUUGAGAAGAUGAGGAGACAAUCGAUACCAAAAACUGUUAAGUUUAUUGUACAUAAUUUCGCUUGGACUGUUUAAAUCUUAAUCAUUGAUCCUGACUAUUAUCAAUACAUGUUAAUCAACCAUGAAAAUUAUUCUUAAAUUAAUGAUUUAAAUUCAAAGUAAAAUAAUAUUUAUAAUCAAGCCAAUUAUUGGAUGAAGGAAUAAUGUUUCAAUAGGGAGAAAAGUGGAAGAAAUAACGGGAAUUAUUUAUUUAGUAUUUUGAUAUUGAGAAACUCAAAAGUAAUUUACCAACCAUAAAUGAGAUUAUUCAAAAACAUAUCAAGUAAUAUGAUUAAUCUAAUGAUAAUAUUAAAAGUCUAAUAUUGAAAAUAAUCAGUGAUAUUUAUCUUUAUAGUUUUUUUGGAUAAGAUGCAAAUAAAUUGUAGAUUAAUCACAAAUGUAUAGGACUAGAAACUAUAGAUUUGUUUUAAUCCUUAUCAAAACUUAGUAAUAAACCCUAUUAUUUAUGUAAAACAAUUCUUUUUGGAGUCUAAGCUUUAAAAAUGUUUCCUAAUGCAGAAGAAUAAAUCAUUCAAACAAAAAUAAAUAAUAUUAAGUUCUCAAUUGAAAAAAUUAUUCAAAAAAGAAUAGUUUAACAUGAACUUAAAUUGGAUGAAGAUGAAAAUGAAAUAUCCCAAAUUCCAGAUGAUUUCCUUAGUUUAUAUAUUUAAGCUUAUCUUCAAUCUAAAAAAGGGAACAAUAGAAUAUCUUUUGAGGAAAUAAAAUAACAGUUCUUUACUUUCUUUAAAAUAGGCAGUUAAACAACCACUUAAAUAAUUUAAGCAAGUUUACACUAUUUGGCAGAGUAUCCAGAAAUCUAGAAUCAAUUAAGAUAAGAAAUAUUGAGCUUUUGCAAAGUAGAAAUUAUUCAAACUCAAGAAUUAAAGAGCUUAGUACACUUAAGUGCUUUCUUAAAUGAAGUGUUGAGAUUCAUUAAUCCUCUUCCUAUUGUUAGAAAGGUGUAAAAAUCUCACUUCAUAAAAGAUCUAAAAUUAGAUAGAGGUAGAUAUAUUUUUAAUCAUUCAUAGAUUGGAUUGUAAUGAUAGAUUAUUCAAUUACUAAUUUAUAAGAAAAAUAUUAUGAUAAUCCUAAAGAAUUCGAUUACUAGAGAUGGCUCUAAUCUUAAUCAAUUAAAGAGAACAAUAAUUAUAUUUUUAUACCAUUUUCAAAUGGACCAAGAAAUUGUGUUGGGUCAAGUUUAGUAACGAUAAUUUACCAGAUAAUCCUUGCAAAUAUUUUAAGGAAUUUUGAAAUAACUAAUAACGAGAUAUCAACAACUAACAAGGAAAUUGCUUUUGUANUAUAAUUAGAAAUGUUUUGUUGUUCAUCUUAAAAGUAAAAUAAAAUCCAAAAGCUACAUAGGAGUAUAAUGAUUUAUGAUUUGAAAGUUAGAAAUUUAAAGUAUCAAGACGCAAAGAAAAUUAAAUAAAAUGAAUAACAAUGUAGAUAUAAGAUAAAUUAUUUGAUUCUUUUUAUAUUAUAACCUGUAAUUCGUAUUAAAUUAUAGAAGUUUUAAUAAUUAUAUUAAAUAAGUUUAAAUGUUAAUCUAAAUAUUACUAAUACUUUUUGGGAUGCUGUUCUGUUUGUUUUUAAUCAAGCCUUUGAUUGCUAUGAUGAAAUUAAAAUUAUAAUUUGGGUCAGCUUGUAGAAUCUAGUUUGGAAUAUAUUAAAUUUUGGGAUUGCAUAGCUCAUCUUUCAUUGAGAAGAUGAGGAGACAAUCGAUACCAAAAACUGUUAAGUUUAUUGUACAUAAUUUCGCUUGGACUGUUUAAAUCUUAAUCAUUGAUCCUGACUAUUAUCAAUACAUGUUAAUCAACCAUGAAAAUUAUUCUUAAAUUAAUGAUUUAAAUUCAAAGUAAAAUAAUAUUUAUAAUCAAGCCAAUUAUUGGAUGAAGGAAUAAUGUUUCAAUAGGGAGAAAAGUGGAAGAAAUAACGGGAAUUAUUUAUUUAGUAUUUUGAUAUUGAGAAACUCAAAAGUAAUUUACCAACCAUAAAUGAGAUUAUUCAAAAACAUAUCAAGUAAUAUGAUUAAUCUAAUGAUAAUAUUAAAAGUCUAAUAUUGAAAAUAAUCAGUGAUAUUUAUCUUUAUAGUUUUUUUGGAUAAGAUGCAAAUAAAUUGUAGAUUAAUCACAAAUGUAUAGGACUAGAAACUAUAGAUUUGUUUUAAUCCUUAUCAAAACUUAGUAAUAAACCCUAUUAUUUAUGUAAAACAAUUCUUUUUGGAGUCUAAGCUUUAAAAAUGUUUCCUAAUGCAGAAGAAUAAAUCAUUCAAACAAAAAUAAAUAAUAUUAAGUUCUCAAUUGAAAAAAUUAUUCAAAAAAGAAUAGUUUAACAUGAACUUAAAUUGGAUGAAGAUGAAAAUGAAAUAUCCCAAAUUCCAGAUGAUUUCCUUAGUUUAUAUAUUUAAGCUUAUCUUCAAUCUAAAAAAGGGAACAAUAGAAUAUCUUUUGAGGAAAUAAAAUAACAGUUCUUUACUUUCUUUAAAAUAGGCAGUUAAACAACCACUUAAAUAAUUUAAGCAAGUUUACACUAUUUGGCAGAGUAUCCAGAAAUCUAGAAUCAAUUAAGAUAAGAAAUAUUGAGCUUUUGCAAAGUAGAAAUUAUUCAAACUCAAGAAUUAAAGAGCUUAGUACACUUAAGUGCUUUCUUAAAUGAAGUGUUGAGAUUCAUUAAUCCUCUUCCUAUUGUUAGAAAGGUGUAAAAAUCUCACUUCAUAAAAGAUCUAAAAUUAGAUAGAGGUAGAUAUAUUUUUAAUCAUUCAUAGAUUGGAUUGUAAUGAUAGAUUAUUCAAUUACUAAUUUAUAAGAAAAAUAUUAUGAUAAUCCUAAAGAAUUCGAUUACUAGAGAUGGCUCUAAUCUUAAUCAAUUAAAGAGAACAAUAAUUAUAUUUUUAUACCAUUUUCAAAUGGACCAAGAAAUUGUGUUGGGUCAAGUUUAGUAACGAUAAUUUACCAGAUAAUCCUUGCAAAUAUUUUAAGGAAUUUUGAAAUAACUAAUAACGAGAUAUCAACAACUAACAAGGAAAUUGCUUUUGUANAAUUAUUCUUAAAUUAAUGAUUUAAAUUCAAAGUAAAAUAAUAUUUAUAAUCAAGCCAAUUAUUGGAUGAAGGAAUAAUGUUUCAAUAGGGAGAAAAGUGGAAGAAAUAACGGGAAUUAUUUAUUUAGUAUUUUGAUAUUGAGAAACUCAAAAGUAAUUUACCAACCAUAAAUGAGAUUAUUCAAAAACAUAUCAAGUAAUAUGAUUAAUCUAAUGAUAAUAUUAAAAGUCUAAUAUUGAAAAUAAUCAGUGAUAUUUAUCUUUAUAGUUUUUUUGGAUAAGAUGCAAAUAAAUUGUAGAUUAAUCACAAAUGUAUAGGACUAGAAACUAUAGAUUUGUUUUAAUCCUUAUCAAAACUUAGUAAUAAACCCUAUUAUUUAUGUAAAACAAUUCUUUUUGGAGUCUAAGCUUUAAAAAUGUUUCCUAAUGCAGAAGAAUAAAUCAUUCAAACAAAAAUAAAUAAUAUUAAGUUCUCAAUUGAAAAAAUUAUUCAAAAAAGAAUAGUUUAACAUGAACUUAAAUUGGAUGAAGAUGAAAAUGAAAUAUCCCAAAUUCCAGAUGAUUUCCUUAGUUUAUAUAUUUAAGCUUAUCUUCAAUCUAAAAAAGGGAACAAUAGAAUAUCUUUUGAGGAAAUAAAAUAACAGUUCUUUACUUUCUUUAAAAUAGGCAGUUAAACAACCACUUAAAUAAUUUAAGCAAGUUUACACUAUUUGGCAGAGUAUCCAGAAAUCUAGAAUCAAUUAAGAUAAGAAAUAUUGAGCUUUUGCAAAGUAGAAAUUAUUCAAACUCAAGAAUUAAAGAGCUUAGUACACUUAAGUGCUUUCUUAAAUGAAGUGUUGAGAUUCAUUAAUCCUCUUCCUAUUGUUAGAAAGGUGUAAAAAUCUCACUUCAUAAAAGAUCUAAAAUUAGAUAGAGGUAGAUAUAUUUUUAAUCAUUCAUAGAUUGGAUUGUAAUGAUAGAUUAUUCAAUUACUAAUUUAUAAGAAAAAUAUUAUGAUAAUCCUAAAGAAUUCGAUUACUAGAGAUGGCUCUAAUCUUAAUCAAUUAAAGAGAACAAUAAUUAUAUUUUUAUACCAUUUUCAAAUGGACCAAGAAAUUGUGUUGGGUCAAGUUUAGUAACGAUAAUUUACCAGAUAAUCCUUGCAAAUAUUUUAAGGAAUUUUGAAAUAACUAAUAACGAGAUAUCAACAACUAACAAGGAAAUUGCUUUUGUACAAUAAGAUAAUUCUUUAAAAUUAAGACCAAUUAACUAAAGAUGA